GACACAUACGAAGAGCCACAAUGGAAAAGUCCUGGACGCUGUGGAACUUUGUUGAAAGAUGGCUAAUAGCCUUGGCUUCCUGGUCUUGGGCUCUCUGCCGCAUUUCACUUUUACCUUUAAUAGUGACUUUUCACCUGUAUGGAGGCAUUAUCUUACUUCUGUUAAUAUUCAUAUCAAUAGCAGGCAUUCUGUAUAAAUUCCAGGACGUGUUGCUCUACUUCCCAGAACAGCCGUCAUCUUCGCGCCUUUAUGUUCCCAUGCCCACUGGUAUUCCACAUGAAAACGUUUUCAUCAGAACCAAAGACGGAGUGCGUCUGAAUCUCAUUUUGAUAAGAUACACUGGAGACAGUUCGCCCUAUUCCCCAACGAUAAUUUAUUUUCAUGGGAAUGCAGGCAACAUAGGUCACAGGCUACCAAAUGCGCUGCUCAUGCUGGUCAACCUCAAAGUUAACCUUCUGCUUGUUGAUUACCGAGGCUAUGGGAAGAGCGACGGAGAAGCGAGCGAGGAGGGGCUGUGCUUAGACUCCGAGGCUGUGCUGGACUACGUGAUGGCCAGGCCCGACCUCGACAAAACGAAAAUUUUUCUUUUUGGCCGCUCCUUGGGAGGAGCAGUGGCUAUUCAUUUGGCUUCUGAAAAUUCACAUAGAAUUUCAGCCAUUAUGGUGGAGAACACAUUUUUAAGUAUACCACAUAUGGCCAGCACUUUAUUUUCAUUCUUCCCAAUGCGUUACCUUCCUUUAUGGUGCUACAAAAAUAAAUUUUUGUCCUACAGAAAAAUCUCUCAGUGCAGAAUGCCUUCUCUUUUCAUCUCUGGACUCUCCGACCAAUUAAUUCCACCAGUAAUGAUGAAGCAGCUUUAUGAACUCUCCCCCUCUCGGACUAAGAGAUUAGCCAUUUUUCCUGAUGGAACUCAUAAUGAUACGUGGCAGUGCCAGGGUUACUUCACUGCCCUUGAACAGUUCAUCAAAGAAGUAAUAAAGAGUCAUUCUCCUGAAGAAAUAGCAAAAACUUCAUCUAAUGUAACAAUUAUAUAAUGUUUUUCUUUUUGAUUAAUGUACUGUAUUUUAAUUUGUGCAGAAUGAUAAAGAAUGUUCCUUUCUAGAAGUGUGUUAUGUCUGUACUUGUCUGAAGAGUGACAUUAAACUUUGAAAGGACUUCAUUGCUCCUUUGAGAUGAUCCAAAUAGUUUUUUACAUUUGAAGAACGAUAAUUCUUGGAAUUAUUUCAUACGUUUUCAUCAAACCUUUCAAUGUGGUUGUGUGUUUGUGUCUUUAGUUUAAUAUGCUAGUAUAAUAGCAUAUUAUAUUCAAAAGUUUCUUGUUGCUACAGCUGUGUAAUCUAUGUGACACUUCGAUUAAUGGCUAGGUGUGGAAGGAGACAUGAAAACAAGAAACCUUUGGGUAUUAUUCCUUUAGUGAAUAUUGGGACAAUCAUGGUAAGCAAACUUAGUUCUGUAACUGCAUUUUUCACCUUAAAAGUUAAAAUGAAAUGCAUGAUGGUAUUUUAUUCCUUGACUUAUGCAAUGCCAUGUUUUUACUGUAAAUAGUACCGGUCAUAUACCAAUGUACAUGAUGCCCUGGGUCAUAGCUAUUUUUAUGUAAACUCUAUUUUGUUUUUAGCAAGACACGAAAUUGAGGCCUGUGUGCAGGUUGCCAUUGAAUUUUGCUCUGGUGAAUGCGGAGAUCCAGCUUUUUCUUGCAAAUAAAUGGGACCCCAUUUUCCAAUAGAAAUGUACCGUGUUUUGUUAGGUACAGUCUGACAUGUUGGAUCAUGGCAUGUAAAAAUAGAAAUUUAGAAUUUUACUGCAGCUUUGAUGUGCAUAUUUGAACUUUUUAACAUUUGUAAUUUUGGUGGCAAAGAGAAUUUUAGCUUCUGUCAGUUUUGUAAGUCUACAGCUGAACCCCUAAUAGCAGUCAUAACGAAGAUCAGCACUUGUUUAAGAAUUAAUUAGGAAGUCUUACCAUUAUUCCAUUGUACAUACUAUUUUACAGAAAUUUCCACAUAUGAUUUUUAAGUCCCAAUAUCUUGGUGUAUCUAUCCCACUAAAGCCAAGAUACCAUUUAUUGGACUUUCUGAAAAUAAAACUUACAAAAACAAAAGUUAAAAAAAAAAGGCAGGCUGUCUUCUUUGGUCUGAUGUUUUAGUUACGAAACAGAAGAGCUGUAUCGAGAGAGUUCUAGGAAGCCUCACUCAUUUGUGUUCUCCUUGUAGGACUGUGCGAGUGAAGGAACUCUAGAGCUUUUUAAUCACAGAACCUGUUAGCGCCUUUAAUUAAAUGGCUGCCAGUGGGAAGUAGUAUUUGGACAUACAGAAGAGUAAGAAAAAUCUUACUUAGGGAAGAGCCCCUUAAAACUUACAGGAUUUACCUUAAAAAAUAUAAGCUAUGAGGCAUAGUUGUGCUAAGUUUUUUCAAGCAGUCCUCAAAAAUUAAGAUGUAAUUGAGCUCUGUAUGUCAUUAUGUCAGCUCCAACAUACAAUAUUUUUUGAAUAUUUUACCUAUAUUUAUUGGCUUUGUGCAAGCAGCUAGGGCAGAGAAAUAAUAGGUCAAUAAUCUUGACCUUAAUUUAAAACUUUCCAUGGAGAUAGGGCUAGAAAUACUUUUGCCAAAUAACAUUCUUAUCAUUCACUUUAUGUCAAUAUUUAGGAAAAAGUAAAUUAUAGCAAGUAUGAUUUCUAAAGGAUAAUGUUUUCUAUAAAUUGUAAAAAAAAUCAUGCUUUUUAUAAAAAAAAGUUGGUAACGCGUAUCAUGGAAGGUGUAUUUUGUAUGUAUAAAUUCACUACAAUUAAAGGCUACUUUUCAUCUUGUCAAUCAUUGCUAUGUAGAACGAGUAUCCUAAAUAGUAACGUAUUAAAAAGAAAACAGUUACUACAACAAAGUGUAGUGUAUUUAGACAUGAGCUUAUACACAGCACACCUUAGACUUCUAUCAUUCUUCAAGUUUACAGAGGACCUUCUUAGCUUUUCAUGUAAUCAUUUAGUCUCCUGCGCUGUGGAGGAAUGUAUCAACUUUAGUUAUAAAUAUUAUGCUGAUGGAGCAUAGAAAGCUUUCUUCAGCAGGGCUUCGUUUUACGCUGCCUUUUGUUCUCUUUCAGUGCUCCAGAUUUACAGUCACCCUCCCCCCCCCCGGCUUUUUUUUUUUUAAUCUGGGACUUCGGAAGUUCUGGAGUACUUGUGUUUCUCCCUCCCUCCAUUCCCUUUCCUUCUGCAGCGAAGGGAAGAGGUUGCGUCUAGGGUUGUAGUCCAUCCGUCUUUCCUGGCUUCUGUACUGGGGACUACUUCCUUAGACGGGAAGGAGGUAGAAAGCAAACUCCUAUCAUCAGGGGCCCAUGAAGCCCAUGGCAUCAGUUUUAUAAAAUGUGUCUAAUUUUGUGGCCGUAGCAAUUGAUCUUAAUAAAACAUGGAUUCUUCAUGGGUCACACCCUCAUUUUGGACCCAUCUCUUAGUGGGAAUAAGGGUGUGUCCAUCUUGUUUAUUAAUUUCUGGCUCAUUUACACAUGCGCAUCCCCUAUAGGAGUUUCUGAAUGAGUUUUUAAAGUUACUAAGCUACUGUAAUUUGGAAAUCCUAGAAUGAUUUUAGAUGGCAAGAUAAAAUUCAUUUAGAUCAAAAUUGAUUAUUUUAAAAGGGACUACUGGGGGUAAAAUGACAAAAAGGAUCCUAAAUUGAUAUUGCAAAAUGCGGAAAGAAAUCAUUUGUAACAGAUAAAAGUGCAAAUAGGAUAGAAACAACUGGAUGGGGAAAUGUGACAUAGUUCUCAAGCUUCGAUCUAGGAAGUAAUUAGCUGAUGAGAUUGGUGAUGAGGAAACCUAACAUUCAGAACAAAACAAGGCAUUUCUAACAGAAGGUGAUUGGAGUCCCUGAUGUUGCACCUACCCUAUGCUUUUGCAAAUACUUUGGCUGUAAAAUUGGUGUUUUCAUUAAAAUGGUAUUUCGAAUUUUGUUAUGGGGGCAGUUUAAAUUUAUUUUUCAUGGUCUGUAGACGGUUGAUGAUAACCUGAUCCCCCCUUUGGCAGUACAUCACCUGAUUAACUCUUUGUAACACUUGGAGUUAGUGUCACCUGAUGCUUUCACAUUCAUCUCUUAUGUUUGUAAGAUUUGGUUUGAGGUGGGUAUUGGCUUGUUCAGUGGAAUUAAGGAGUGAAGGCCGUAUUCAGUUUUCUAUGAACUAUCUUGCAAGCCCAACUACAGUGUAGUUUUUAUGAUUGAGUCCAUUCCUUCCCUGAGGUUAGGAGUAAAUAAGGUAAACCUUAAAAGAUGAUGUCACAGAAGUCGCUUGUUAAAUCAGGUCGUGGUUGAGAUAUUCUGAAAACCUGACCUCCCCCCGCCCCGUUUUUCUCACAGUGUUUGACAGCAAUUACGGAAAAAGACACGUGACAAAUAGUCAUAAUGCUUUUGAAUGAUCCACUUAAAUUCAUGUAUUUUCAUAUCACUCAGGUCAAGUUGGAAAUGAUAGAGCACAGACAUCUAUUUUUUAAAUCAAUAGAGUUGAAAAUAAAAAGCACUUCUGUUUAUAUUGCCAUAUAUGCACAUCAUCUUAGCUAACCAGAAAUAGUAUGUUAAUUUUAUGGUGAAAUAAGUGCAUUCAUCCUUAAUAGUAAGUAGUCAACACAUUUUUGCCAAAUGGCACAAAUAUACCUCCAUUUAUAUUUUGUAUCUUAAAAGUGUAGUUUAACAGUAGGACUAUGUAUAAGAGACACUUGUUUACAAAAAGUGUCAUAUAUACAUAUGUACCAGGGAUGAGUGUGUCUUUAACAUAAUUUAUAGCAAUUUCUGUCAGUACACCAUAUACUGAAAAUUCAAGUUAUUUUCAGCCUAUUCAAGUACAUUCAGGAUAAAAUAAGUCAAUCCAGUUUCAUAAUGUAAAUCAUAUUUUGUUAUUUGCCAUAUUUUAUUUGAAGCAGUAAUACAAUUUUAUAACUCAAAUUUGAAUGUUAUAGUACAUUAUGUGCUAAUCAUGGCAGGCAAACAUUUUUGUUUUUUAACAAUAAAUUUCUUUUAAAAUAUACUUUCUAUUUUUCUGUACUGACAUGCAAUAAAUUGAUACAUUAAAAGAUUGAUUAAUGUCUUAAGAUAGUUUGUCUUCAGUCUUUUUUAAAUUUUCUAUUAACCUAAAUUAUAUGGUAGGACAGUAAAGUUUCCUUAAUGAUUAAAUAAACUCCUGGAUUUGUACUGAAAUUAAUGGACUUGUACUAAUGGUGUGAAUAAAAAGUGGAAGUUA